AUGUCUAUCACAUUUCCACAGCAUUCCAAACUUAAGACCAUUGGUAUGUAUGCUUUUGAAAGUUGUAGAAAACUUCGAACAAUUAAUUUUACAAACUGUGAGAAUCUUACGCAAAUACAACUCAGAGCAUUUUCUGGUUGUAUUUUGCUAUCUGAUGUCAUUCUUCCAAAAAAUCUCAAAGAACUAUCAAACAAUGCUUUUUCUCAUUGCUAUUCAUUGCAAUCAAUUAUUAUUCCAGAUGAAGUUAAAAGUUUAGGAGAAUAUUGUUUCGCUAAGUCUGGUUCAUUAAGUUCAAUAACUAUCAGUCCUAAUUCCAAGCUUGAAACAAUAGCAUCAUAUGUUUUUAUGGAGACUCCAUUAAAACGAAUUUUUCUCUCAAAGAAUCUAAGAAGUAUUCCUCGCGCUGCUUUUUUAAGUUGCAGAACCAUAGAAUUUAUAGAAUGCGAUUCCCAUAACACGAAUUAUUUAGCAGAAGAUAAUGUGUUAUACAAUAAGCAAAAAACUUUUCUUAUUUUAUUUCCAUAUAAUAAUUUGACUUCAUUUAGGAUUCCAGACACUGUAGAAGUUAUUGGAGAUGCAUUUUCUUAUUCUUUGAUAGAAGAAAUAACAUUUAAUUCAGUUUUAAAUAUAAUACAAGGAUCUGCUUUCGCAUAUUCACAUUUAAAAUCAUGUAUAAUUACAGAUUCUGUUACAAUGAUUCAAUCUGGUGCGUUUCAAAGAUGCAAAUAUCUUGAUACAGUCAUUCUUGGGAAAAAUUUGACAAUUAUUCCAAACAAUUGCUUUGCCUAUUCUAAUAUCUCUCAAAUAACAAUUCAAGAAGGAGUAACAACAAUUGGACCAUAUGCAUUUUUUCAAUGUGUCAACCUUAAGAGUAUAAUAAUUCCAAAGAGCGUUAAAAACUUUGGAGGAUCAUGCUUUCCAAAUGAUAUAAAUCUUACUUUACCUCCAGAUUCCCAGUUUUGGUUUGAUCAUCAAAAUAUUCUUUAUAAUUCAAAUAUGGAUAAAAUUAUUUUGUGUCUAAGUUUAAAUGAAAGAUAUGAUAUUCCAGAUACAGUUAUCGAAAUAUCACAAGCCGCUUUCCGUGGAAUUCAGGAAUUGAAUACAAUAAAUUUUCUUUCAGAUUCCAAUUUGCUUCGGAUUGGUAACUCGGCCUUUCGUGACUGUAUUAAUCUCCAGAAUAUUAAUCUUCCAAACUCUCUGGAAUCAAUAGGUAGCUCAGCGUUUGAAAAUUGUCUGAAAUUCAAUAAUACAGUGUUCCCAGAAUCAUUGAAUUAUAUAGGAGCCAGCUCUUUCCUCGAAUGCAAUUCACUCGAAAUUCAUUUUAAAAUAAAUUUAUUGAAAAUUGAUAAUUAUGCAUUUCAGAAAGCUCAAUCAUUAGAAAUUGUAACUUUCGAGUCAAGCAACACAAUAUUAUUGAACGGAGUUUUUUCUUCUUGUAAAAAGCUAAAAACAAUCAAGUUAAGUGAUAAAACUACUGCAAUAUUCGAUUCUUGCUUCAGUAAUUGUCUUUCAUUGAAAUCAAUUGAACUCCCUCCAUCAUUAGCCACUCUUGGAAGUUCUGUUUUUAGCAGUUCUGGUGUUGAAAACAUAACAUUUUUAGGAAACUCUCCGAUUGAAACUAUAAGGUCUUCAACAUUUAGUUAUGCAACAAAAUUACGCCAUAUUAUACUUUCAGAUUGUAUCAGAGAAAUAAAAGCAAAUGCAUUUCAAUAUACUAACAUCACAACAUUUAGAGUGCCAAAUCAAACAAUUUCAAUAUCAGAAUAUGCAUUCAGGGAUUGUUCAAGUUUAGAACGAUUUAUAAUUCCUGAAAACUGUUCAUUACAAAGUCUUGGAUUUUCAGUCUUCAAGGGCUGCAGAUCAUUGAAAGCAUUCGAAUGCUCUCAUAGUGAAUUCUUUUUAGUUAUCAAUGGUGUUCUAUUUGAUAAGAACAAGACCUCAUUGGUUUGCUUCCCUCCUGCAUCUGAACUCAUCUACUUUUAUAUUCCUGAGACGGUACAUAUCUUAUCUCCUGGUGCAUUUCUUGAAUGCAGAAAUCUCAUAAAUGUUCUUAUUCCAGAUCAUUCUGUGCAAACAAUUGGUCGUUAUGCAUUCGCAAAUUGCAUUUCAUUAACACAUAUCAAUCUACCAAUUUGUGUUUCAGAAGUUGAAUCAAAUGCAUUUGCAAAUUGUUACAAACUUAAAUGUGGGGUUGAUAUACAAAACCGAACUCAGUCAUAUCUAAAUAACCUUUUCGAGGUUGCUUUUCUUAAUAAGGAAGCAAUUGUUGAGUGUAACUUAUUAACCUGCAAAAAGCAAAUGCACCCGAUGUAUUUGAAAUCAUUGACAAUUAUUGGUAUUAUUGAUGAAAAAUUUCUUGGUUUAUUAUAA